AUGAACGUCGUCGUCGUCGCUCCUUCCGACGUGUACCAUGAGCUCGAGCCGUCGCCUGCCCUGGGCACGUCGUCGUCAGGCUCAACGCAAAGAGGGGACCGUCCGACGCUCGUGACGCGGGACAGCUCCGGCCGCGCGUCGUCCAUUGCCAGCACGUCCAAGUACGAACCCACGGCGGACUACCGCGUCGUCCCGCUCCCUUUGACGCACCGCCUCCACCACUUGCAGUCCACUGCAUCUCUCCCUCCUCCUCCUCCUCCCACCUCUUCCUCUCCCUCUCCAGGUUCCCCCUUUUGCUCGAACGUCGUGAUCACGUCCAAGUACACGACGUGGAACUUCCUCCCGCGGUUCCUGCUCGAGAGCUUCCGGAAAUUGGCCAACGCCUAUUUCCUCCUCGUCUCCAUCCUGCAGUGCGUCCCCAGCAUCAGUAACACGAACGGGGUGCCCACGACGCUCCCCGUGCUCGUGAUGAUCCUCACAGUGGACGCCGUGCUCGCAAUCAUUGAAGACCGACGGCGGCACGUUGCUGACGAACAAGCUAAUUCCGCCCAGUGCCACGUGCUGAACGAGUCGUUUACCGGCUCUCGGGAUGCUAGAACUCGCUGUGAAGACACGACGCUGGACGUGGCACAAAUCCAAUGGGCAGACCUCACGGUUGGCUCCGUAGUGAAGCUUUACAACCGCGAGAUGGCGCCGGCGGACUUGCUGAUUCUUGCUGUCGCGGAGCCGAAACCGGCGGAACCGGCAGGUAUUUGUUACGUGGAAACCAAGAGUCUCGAUGGCGAGACGAACCUCAAGCUGCGCCACGCUUGUGACGCGACAAUGCACGUGCAGACAGCAGCUCAAGUGGCGGCGCUCGCGGGGCAGCUCCGGUGUGAGAGUCCGAACAAAGCUAUCGGUCGCUUUGACGGCACGUUGCUCGUAACAGGAGGAGGUGGUGACAAAGUAGCUGCAGUCACGGACUUGCAACCGCAGCCAAUUGCAAUGAAGAACGUGCUGCUGCGUGGCUGUCAAUUGCGCAACACGGACUGGAUCUACGGUCUUGUGGUGAACACGGGGCCGGACACGAAGAUCAUGCAAAGUGCGACUGCAGCACGGCCCAAGUGGAGCUCCAUCAAUGAGACCGUGAACAAGAUGAUCAUCUGGCUCUUUUUGCUGCUUUGUCUCUUUUGCGCUGUGUCUGCGACGCUGCAAGUGAUUUGGCUCGAUGACCACAUUGAUGAGAGCUGGUACUUGAGCUGGUCACCUGGUCUAGCGAGUCAGUGGUUUGUCGGAUUCGGCUACUACUUUUUGCUCAUGUACCAAAUGAUUCCAGUAUCACUGUACGUGACGAUCUCGGUGGUCAUGUUUAUUCAGGCAAUCUUUAUGACAUGGGAUGUCGACAUGUACUACGAGGCAACCGACGUGCGCAUGAUUGUGCGCUCGUUGGGAUUGAACGAAGAGCUGGGCCAGAUUUCUUAUGUGUUUAGCGACAAGACUGGCACGCUGACGUGUAAUGUUAUGGAGUUCCGCAAAUGCUCGAUUAAUGGUGUGUCAUACGGGACUGGAACGACUGAGAUUGGGCGAGCGGCACUGCGCCGAAAGGGUGUGGCUGUGCCCACCGACACAGAAUCGAUCCCAUCAUUGCGUCGUGCUAGUAUCCCGUACGUCAACUUUGAAGAUGCGCGGUUGUUUAACGCACUGGAGCGACCGAUGGCGGACGACGCGCCACAUCGUGAAGCCGAAUUUUUCUUGCACUUGAGUCUAUGUCAGACGGUCAUUCCGGAGACUGUCGAAGGUAGUUCUGAAGUGCGUUUUUCGGCCUCCUCACCUGAUGAGCAGGCGCUGGUUUCAGGCGCCAAGUUCUUUGGCUUCAGUUUCGAAUCUCGUGGUCUGGGCGUCGCUCGUAUACGAGUGAAACGUCCGGACCUGAUUCGCCGCUAUGCCAAUGGUUACCUCGGUUCGAACGCUUUGCUGGAGUUUAAGAUCCUGGAUGUUUUGGAGUUUACUAGUGAUCGCAAGCGGAUGUCUGUUGUAGUGCAGUAUCCCAAUGGAGAGUACUGGGUGCUCACGAAAGGAGCUGACAAUGUGAUUUUUCCGAUGCUGGCAAAGAAUGAGAGCAACCCUGGAUUACUAAAAGAGACGAAGCGUCAUUUAGAAACUUUUGGCGAUGAUGGUUUGCGUACGCUUACGAUUGCGCAGCGACGUGUUAGUGAAACGGAGUAUUUGGACUGGAGCGCACGCUUUAAGAAGGCGAAUUCUUCUUUGGACGAAAUUGACAAGCGCAAGAACGGUCAGUCGAACGAAAUCGACAAGCUUAUGACGGAGAUCGAGCAUGAUCUGGAAAUGCUAGGUGCAACAGCAAUUGAGGACAAGCUGCAGAAUAAUGUACCAAGGUGCAUUGCUAAUCUGAUGCGCGCAGGAAUGCGAGUGUGGAUGCUUACGGGAGACAAGCAGGAGACCGCCAUUAAUAUUUCGUAUGCGUGCCAGCUCAUGGAUAGCGAUAUGGAGCAAUAUGUGUUCAACUGCGAUCUGUAUCCUACGAAGGACGCCAUCCUUGCACAAUUGCUGAGUGCAAGCGCCCAGGUCCAGCAAGGCACCAGUCGUCAUGCCGUAGUGAUUGACGGUGAGUGCUUGGAGAUGACGCUGGCAGACGAUCAGUGUCAGCGCGAGUUCUUGUCGCUGGCCAUGGCUUGCGAGGCUGUGGUUUGCUGCCGUGUAUCACCCAGUCAGAAAGCUGAGGUAGUAUCACUAGUGCGUGCUACGAACAAAAAGGUGCGAACGCUGGCGAUCGGCGACGGUGCCAACGACGUCGCUAUGAUUCAGCGUGCGCAUGUUGGCGUUGGUAUCUCGGGUCAAGAGGGUAUGCAAGCUGUGAAUUCAAGUGACUAUGCGAUCGCGCAGUUUUAUUUCUUGGAGAAGCUGCUUUUGCACCAUGGCCGGCUGAAUUACAAGCGUAUGGCCGUUCUGGUGGGGUACAUGUUCUACAAGAAUAUUGUGAUGGUGCUAGUGCAGUACUUCUACAUGUUUUGCACGGGCUCGUCCGGCCAGAAGUUCUACGGCGAAUUGGGCUUUCAGCUUUACAACGUUAGCUACACGUCUCUUCCUAUCAUCGUGUUGGGUGUGUUCGACUACGACGUGCCUUUCGAAGUGAGUCGUUUCUUUCCCGAGCUGUACUUGGUUGGACCGCGCAUGGAACUUUUCAACAACUACACGUUUUUCAAGUGGAUUUGCAGCGCGGUCUAUGAGGCGGCUGUCAUUUUUGUGUUCGUGGCUUACGCCUUCAACGAGAACCUAUCUACUGUUGGCAGCGCGCCUAUGGUGCAGUACGGGCUGCUCGCGUUCACUAUGGUGGUUUUGGUAGCCAACAUCAAGUUGUCAAUGGUGCAGAUGUCCUGGAGCCCUUAUGGUGGGAUGUUGUGGCUUAUGGGUGUGAUCUCGUACAUCCCCCUUACUCCUCUCGUUUCAAGCUACUGGGUUGCCAUGUUUCCGACGGAGUUCGGUAGCUUUCAGAACACAUUGGGACAGGAGACAUAUUGGUUGGUGAUCCCAGUUUGUCUGGUUGUUGCGCUGAUACGUCAUUUCACCUGGACAGCUGUCUGCCGCCGAUUCUAUCCACUUCCGUGGCAGAUCGUCCAAGAGCAGUAUGUCUUACAGAAGGGCAAGUACUCGAUGCAGGAUCGGUCAAUGCCUAACAUUGACAUGGAAGUUGGCGGCAUGCCGCGCGACGACGAAAGCGCUUUUCUUGAUUCAUCGUCUCCUGGUCGCAACGCGCGACCGCAUGAGUAUGCACAGGCACUGGGUCGCCUCGAUCGCAAAACGCGUGGAUCUGGCAGUGGAUUCGCGUUCAGUCAUGAUCCGCAGACGUCUUUGGCCGAGUCGUACAUAUCAAGGCACGAUGUGCGUCAAUCUGCGUCAGCAAUGGAAGAUGCCGAACAUCGCAGCAGCAGGUCUCGAGAAGAUUCGCGGAGCUCCGACUACGAGUCCUCGCGCUCGGGUAUUGCCGCGGAUUUUACCAGGGGCUCACGUUCUUCUGGGCUAUUUGUCUAG